CCUCUGCCAGGCUUUCUGCUCGAGGAGUUUCCUUCCCCGCCAGGCCGGCCCAGAAGCCGGAUGGUCCUGGGACAGGCCCAGCCCCAGAGCCCAGAGAUGCUGCUGCUGCCCCUGCUGCUGCCCGUGCUGGGGGCGGGGUCCCUGAACAAGGAUCCCAGUUACAGUCUUCAAGUGCAGAGGCUGGUGACGGUGCAGGAGGGCCUGUGCAUCAUGGUGCCUUGCAACCUCUCCUACCUCUGGGAUGGCUGGAGUGAGUCUACUGCUGCUUAUGGCUACUGGUUCAAAGAAGGGACCAACACAAAUACGGGUGCUCCUGUGGCCACAAACAACCAGAGUCGAGAGGUGGAAAUGAGCGCCCGGGGCCGAUUCCAGCUCACUGGGGAUCCCGGCAAGGGGAGCUGCUCCUUGGUGAUCAGAGACGCGCAGAGGGAGGAUGAGGCACGGUACUUCUUUCGGGUGGAGAGAGGAACAUAUGUGAGAUAUAAUUUCAGGAACAAUGGGUUCCUUCUAAAAGUAACAGCCCUGACUCAGAAGCCUGAUGUCUUCAUCCCUGAGACUCUGGAGCCCGGGCAGCCAGUGACGGUCAUCUGUGUGUUUAACUGGGCCUUUGAGGAAUGUCUAGCCCCUUCUUUCUCCUGGACGGGGACUGCCCUCUCCACCCAAGGAACCAAACCAACGACCUCCCACUUCUCAGUGCUCAGCUUCACGCCCAGCCCCCAGGACGACGACACCAACCUCACCUGCCACGUGGACUUCUCCAGAAAGGGUGUGAGCGCACAGAGGACCGUCCGACUCCGCGUGGCCUACAGACCCGCGGCUGCCAGCUCAGGAGCGUCCAGGGAGAGGAAGCCGUGAGGUCCCAGGAUGCGGGCUCAGCCCUGGGAGGGGGAUGGGAAUGGCGUCUGGUCCUCUGUCCUGGAAGCCCAGAAAAGCCAGUUCCUGCGGCUCCUCUGUGCUGCUGACAGCCAGCCCCCCACCACGCUGAGCUGGGUCCUGCAGGACAGAGUCCUCUCCUUGUCCCACCCCUUGGGCUCCCAGCACGUCUCUCUCAGCCUCUCCGUGCACUGCGAGCUCCGCUUGGAGGCCCAGAACGUCCAUGGGACCCAGAACUCUCGUUUCCUGCUGGACAGUCAGGGUGUAGGGCAAAUCAGGGCCCGUGACGGGGCUGGUUGUGGUGGCUGUCGGGGGGAUGGCUACGAAGAUCCUGCUUCUCUGCCUCUGCCUCAUCCUCCUCAGGGUCAGCACCAUGAAUGCUCGGCAGGCAGCUCCCAAGACCACCUGCCCCCAAGUGCAGCCACCCCCACCCCAGGGCAGGGGGAAGAGCGGGAGCCCCACUAUGCCUCCCUCAGUUUCCAGGGCCUGAGGCUCCGGGAGCCUGAGGACCAGGAGGCCCCCAGCAGCACCGAGUACUCAGCGAUCAAGAUCCACAAGAGGCGGCCCCCGAAGGGCUUGGGCUUUGGUUGGAGAGGGAGACGUCAGGGAUGGUUCCGAGGUGAAGAGUUCUCCAUGAAAACAGGACACCAGCAAGGUCAGGCUGGGCUGGCUGUGCUGGCUCAAGAGAUGAGGAAGGAGGACACAGGGGCUGCCAGGACCUUGAGGCACCGGACUGGGCACUGCCCCAACGGGCAGAGGAUGGAGACCGACUUGUGA